AUGUCAUUUGAAAUAACAUUUCUUGGAACAAGUGGAGGUCCACUAGAAGGAAAUACAUGUUCAAUAUUAUUAAAAUCUACAAAUAUAGAAUAUUCAAAAUUAUUAGAAGUUGAAGAUGAUAAACCAACAGAAUUAAAAGAAAAUGAUGAAAUUUUAGUAAUUGAUGCUGGAUCAGGUAUGGGGAAAUUAACAGAUAUAAUUUAUCAAGAAAGUACUUUUCAAAAAUCUUCAUGUAAUUUAUUAAAUUAUUAUUAUGAUUCUGAACCAAUUUCAUAUUAUUAUCAUAAUACAAUAAAAUUAAAUCAACCUUUUAAAAAUUUUAAUAUUUUCAAUACUAUAUCAUAUACAAAAUUAAUUUUUAAUAAAUUAAAUAAUUUUCUAAUAUCUCAUCCUCAUUUAGAUCAUGUAUCUUCAUUAAUUAUAAAUUCAGCAGGUUUUCCAACCAAUAAUCCUCCGAAACAAGUAUUUGGGUCAAAAUAUACUAUGAAUGCAUUACAAAAUCAUUUCUUUAAUGGGAUUGUAUGGCCAAAUAUGCCCAAUUUUGAUAUAUUAAAUUUAAAUAAUUUGGAGUUUGAAAAAUCAACAAGUAUAGGAAAUUAUGAGGUUGAAAUGUUUCCCUUAAGUCAUGGAGAAUUAAAUAUGAUAGAAAGUAAAAAACAUAAGCAUAAGGAGAAUGGAUCAAAUGAAGAAGAAGGAGACGAAAGAAGACAUUCAAGUGUAACUACUAUACCCGCAGGUGUUGAUGAACAAGAAUAUAUUAAAACAAAAAUAGAACAAUCCAAAGUAGACGAUCCAACAACACUGCAUUAUCAAUCAACUGCAUUUUUAAUAACAAGAAACGAUUCAUCAGUACUAAUAUUUGGAGAUUUUGAAAGUGAUAAAAUAAGUAAAUUAGAAUAUAAUUUAAAAAUAUGGAAAAGGAUAUCACCACUCAUAUUGCAAAAGCAAUUAAAAUUAAUAAUUUUAGAAUGUUCAAAUAGUUUUGAAAUUGAUGAAAAUAAAUUAUAUGGUCAUUUAACUCCAAAAUAUGUUGUUUAUGAAUUGAAAGAAUUGGAGAAACAAAUUAAAGAAUUAAAUAAAGAUAUUGAACAACCAUUAAAAGGUUUAAAUAUAAUUAUUAAUCAUAUAAAAGAACCUAUAUUAUCUAAUAAGAGACAAAUUAAAGAUCCAAGAAAACAAAUUUUAACAGAAUUAAAUAAAUUAAAUGUAGAUGAAAAUUUGGGGUGUUUUUUUUCAAUUGCAUUAAGUGGUACAACUAUAAUUGUAUAA